GCAGAAGCCACGCCCCCUGCUCGCUCUCUCGUUGCCCCGCCUCCUUCCAAGUUUCCAUCUCAUCAUCGCCUAGGAGACCGGUUGCCAAGGCAGAGAGCGGGAGAAGGCCGCUCGCCCCGCCCACUUUCCCUGCCUGUCUCCCUCCCUCCCUGUUUCGCGCAUGCGCCGACGGGCCCAGCCGGCCCUCUUUCCCCUCAGCCGUCCGUCAAGCGGUGGGGAGGUGUGUGAACGCGCAUGCGCGCGCCCCCGCCUUCGCCUCCCUCCCUGCUUCCCUCAGCCAGGCUCGGAGGCCGGGUCUGCCUCCUUCGCCCCUCCGCGGACCUCCAUUUCCCCCCCUCGAGCCGGGGCGCGGUCGAGGCGGCGAUGAGAUGGUGGAUGCUGAUGUUUGUGCUGGUGGGGAUAGCACAAGAAGAAAAAUGGAUGCUCUAACAGAUAGUGCAGCUGAGAUCGUUCCAUUGGAGCUCUAUGAUUCAGCCAGAGCAAAAAUAGCAGCUAAUCUACAGUGGAUCUGUGCAAAAGCCUAUGGAAUAGAUAAUAUCCCAGAGGAACUGAAGGACCCAUUUUAUAUAGACCAGUAUGAGCAGGAACAUAUUAAGCCACCUGUCAUCAAGCUGUUACUGUCCAGCGAACUCUACUGCCGCGUCUGCAGCCUCAUUUUGAAAGGGGAUCAGGUGGCCGCUCUGCAGGGACACCAGUCGGUCAUCCAGGCACUGUCUCGGAAAGGGAUUUACGCCAUGGAGAGUGACGAUUCACCGGUGUCUGAAUUGGAUCUUGCCUCCGCACCUAUCAAAAUGAGUCCUCACAUGGGAAUGAUUGACGCUCUCAUGAUGGCCUACACGGUGGAGAUGAUUAGCAUUGAGAAAGUGGUUGCAAGUGUCAAAUGUUUUUCUACGUUCAGUGCCUCAAAGGACUUACCCUAUGAUCUGGAAGAUGCAAUGAUAUUCUGGAUUAAUAAGGUGAACCUAAAAAUGAGAGAGAUAACAGAGAAGGAGAUCAAACUGAAGCAGCAGUUGCUAGAAAGCCCAGGUCAUCAAAAGCCUGAUCUGAUGCAUGCGCUAUCGCACUGCAUGCUGGAGCCAGUGGAAUAUGCUCGUGUGGUACGUUAUCGCCGGGAUCACCUUUCGAGUCGGCAGUUGCCGUUUUUCCCGUUGCUUGAAGAUCUGAUGAAGGACUGCAGCGAUGGGGCUGCUUUACUGGCUGUAAUCCAUUACUAUUGCCCCGAACAAAUGAAGCUAGAUGAAAUCUGCCUGAAGGAGGUGACAUCAAUUGCUGACAGUGUCUAUAACAUCCAGCUGCUUCGGGAAUUCGCUAACGAAUAUCUCAAUAAAUGUUUUUACCUCACCUUGGAAGACAUGCUCUACGCACCUUUAGUUUUAAAGCCCAACGUUAUGGUUUUCAUCGCCGAGUUGUUCUGGUGGUUUGAGAUCGUCAAGCCGGACUUUGUGCAGCCCAGGGACCUCCAAGAAGUGAAAGACGCUAAAACAAUGUUGCAGCAGAAGAGCAGCCGCCCACCCAUUCCUAUUUCCAAUGCAACAAAACGAAGCUUUAUGGCUAGUCCAGCUGCUUCCAGUGUGGCCGAGGUGCAACCCCCAACUCAGCUCCCUUUGGAAACCUGCAACAGCGGGAAAGGAAGCCCUGCUUUCAGUCCAGCCCAUCCAUUGUUGCCACUGAGACAGAAGCAACAGAAGUCACUGCAAGGGGAAGACAGUUCAGGCCAGCGGAAUCGUUCCAAUUCAUUGACUCGAGUGGAUGGGCAGCCCCGGGAUUCAAUUCUCGCGUGGCCUGAGAAGAAACAAAGGCCUCUUUCUCAACCAACGCCGUUUGUUCUCCACCACGCCGCAAGCAGCGAUGCCGAUCCCAGCUCCGGCGACAGCAUUAGCUUGGCCCGGUCAAUCAGCAAAGACAGCCUGGCUUCGAACAUUAUCAACAUCACUCCGAAGCAGCAUCCUCAGUCUGUGCCGCCGAAAAGCAGCGGUAGGAGCUUGCUGAGCAACGUUGAGAUAGAAGACGAGGAUGAGGAGCUGAUUGCGAUCAUUCGCCCAGAUGCGGCGCCAAACCAGGGUGGCCUUGAGCUUCAAAGCGUGCCGGCCCGGUCGCCUGGCGGAGUGGCCACUGCGUGGGCUUCAAAAAGCGAAACCUCUGAAAGUAAACCGGAGAGCUUUUUCCUCGAGCCUUUAAUGCCUGCUGUUCUACGGCCGGCGAAAGAGAAACAGAUCAUCAAUAAAGAGGAUGAGUGCGGGGAAGGAAAGAUGAGAGGCUUUGGAGCAAAGAGGCUGACCGAGGGGCACACGGUGCGUAAGAAAACCAACGGCAGUCAUGGAGACCACAACCUUAAUAGGACUUUUAAUGUGACUCCUAGUCCUGAAUUAACAACAGCUGUAAGUUCCAGCUUGGCGGAUCCAGCAUUGCACUUGGAGCUCAGGCCAGAAACCUUUCGACCGCAGGCAAGUAGUAGUUUGGAGCCUUCGACGCGAGACCAGUCCUUUGGAGGGUUCUUCCUUCACGCUGCCAAAACGGAGGAGGAUGCAAUGACCGGUGCAAAUGCUAGCUAUGUCAAGACCCCUGAUUCCUAUGCGACGGAAAGCACGUGGACAAUGGUCAGGCAGGACUCGGACUCGGACAUCCUAGACAUGGAGGAAGCUGAGCAGGAUUUAAUAGCUGACGAUCAUCCGAUAAUUGCCAAGUAUAUAGGGGAAGAGGAAUCGGCGAAAUUGCAAGAAGACAUGAAAGUCAAGGAACACGAAGACAAAGAUGACGGCAGCGGGCGGUCCAGCCCGUGCCUGAGUACGAUCUCUCAGGUCAGCAGCGUCUCCAUGACCAGCGGGAGUGCCAGGAUGACAAGUUUUGCAGAACGGAAGCUGCACCGGUUGAACAGUUACGAGACAAAAUCCAGCACGAGUAGCUCGCAAAAGACCACCCCAGAUGGGUCGGAGUGUUGCCCGGCCCCACUAACCACAUGGAAGCAGAAGCGGGAGCAAAGCCCCAACAGGCAGAGUAAAGAUAACGUUAAUCUCUUGGCGUCUGAACUAGUUCAGCUCCACAUGCAGUUGGAGGAGAAGCGGAGAGCGAUCGAAGCCCAGAAGAAGAAGAUGGAGACCUUAUCUGCCCGGCAGCGGCUAAAACUGGGCAAGGCAGCCUUCCUGCACGUGGUGAAGAAAGGGAAAGUUGCCGAUGUCUCCCAGCCGCUGAAGCCAGAACACUUCACGAAAGAAUACUCGAGGCACAACGGGGAAGGCUUGGACGAUGCUUCUUUGACCUCUAAAUCGGAGGCGUUCUUCAUGAGAGAAGAAGGGGGCGAAGAUUCACUGGACAGCCUCGAAGCCGCCAAGGUGAAAGCUCAGGAAACGGUUGCCUUUGUGGAGCAGAACAAUCCAAAAGAGCCCACCCUGCACGAGAUCGAGAAGAGCAAAAUGAUCUCUGCCGCGCUCCUGGAGGAGAACAUCGAAUCGUCGGACGUCAACGAGUGCGAUCUCUCCAUCGAAAAGCUGAACGAAACCAUCAGCACGCUCCAGCAGGCGAUUCUCAAGAUUUCUCAGCAGCAGGAGCUUCUCAUGAAGGCUCCGACGAUGCCGUCAUCGCGGGGCGGGUCUCAGGACCAAAAGAUCAGAGCCCCCGUUCAUUUUGUGGAGCCCCUCUCCCCGACCGGGAUGAGCAGCCUUCGUAAACCGCCGCGGCUCGGUCAAGGGCGGAGCUCCCGCUCCGGGCGGCCGUCCGAACUCAAGGUGGUCAAGGAGCGCCAGCAAACCACGGCACGCAUCAAGACCCCGACCCCCAGCGUCGACACCUUGCCCCACUUAAGACAGUUCCCUUCAAACAAUACGGCCAAGACGCCAACGGAAAUGACCGUUGAAAACAAUACCACUCCCCAGGAGAAGCUCUCUUUUGAGAGCUACAGACUCUGUGACGAGAGCAACCAACGGGGUGGGUUUACCUUCUCCAGUCCCAAGGACACCAAUAUCCUCUCUGAAGCAAUCAAAGAUGUGAAUAGUAAUGUGGAAGACUUUAGCCUUGCUUCGUUCGAAGGCUCAGGCAAAGAGACUGUCCCAGCAGAGGAAUCCCAGAGGAGCAAAAGUAGCCUUAUUGAAGUCGAUCUGUCGGAUUUAAAAGGUCCGGAUGAGGGAGAGGUCGAGAGCCAGGGCAGUGAAAUUGACCAGAAAUCAGGACUUGGGUUUUUCUUUAAGGAUGAGCAGAAAGCUGAAGACGAACUUGCGAAAAAACGUGCCGCCUUCCUCUUAAAGCAGCAGCGCAAAGCCGAAGAAACACGGCUUCGGAAACUCCAACUCGAGGCCGAGGUUGAGCAAAAGAGAGAUGAAGUGCGCCGUAAAGCGGAAGAAGACCGGGUCCGGAAGGAGGAAGAGAAGGCCCGGAGAGAGCUCAUCAAACAAGAAUAUCUGAGAAGGAAGCAGCAGCAGAUCUUGGAAGAACAGGGCCUUGGGAAGCCCAAACCCAAACCCAAGCCCAAGAAGGCCAGGCCAAAGUCGGUUCACCGAGAGGAAUCCUACAGCGAUUCAGGGACAAAGUGUUCCACAACUCCGGAUAAUCUCAGCAGCGCACAGUCGGGCUCCAGCCUGUCCUUGGCGUCGGCAGCAACCACUGAACCUGAAAGCGUCCAUUCUGGGGGCACCCCAUCACAACGAGUGGAGUCGAUGGAAUCCUUGCCCAUCCUGAGUAGGAACCCCAGUCGAAACAUGGAGAGAGACUGGGAAAAUACCUCCACGGCAUCAUCAAUUGCUUCAGUGGCAGAAUAUACUGGUCCGAAGCUCUUUAAAGAACCCAGCAGCAAGUCAAACAAACCAAUCAUCCACAACGCCAUCUCCCACUGCUGUCUUGCUGGAAAAGUGAAUGAGCCUCACAAGAAUUCCAUAUUGGAGGAGCUUGAGAAGUGCGACGCCAACCACUACAUCAUCCUGUUCCGCGACGCCGGCUGCCAGUUCCGAGCACUUUACUGCUACUACCCGGACACCGAAGAGAUCUACAAGCUGACCGGGACAGGGCCAAAGAGCAUCGCCAAGAAGAUGAUCGACAAGCUGUACAAGUACAGCUCGGACCGGAAGCAGUUCAACCUGAUCCCGGCCAAGACCAUGUCCGUCAGUGUGGACGCCCUCACCAUCCACAACCACUUGUGGCAGCCCAAGCGGCCCGCCGUGCCAAAGAAGACCCAGACUCGCAAAUGAUGUUGCAUUCAUCAAAAGAGAUUGAGACUUGAGUCGUUGUUGGUUUGGCCUCUGGGGAAGAGAACCCCCUUCUUCUUGUGCCCCUCUUCCCGACCCCAAGUCUACGAAACAGAACCAUAUAAGCCUCUUUUUGAGAGAGAAAGAGGUGUCUUAAAAACGUGGAUGCAAGGAGAGAAUGAAGGAACGACGCCUGGGUUAACUUUUUUGUUUUGUUUUGUAUGGAUGGUGAAAAAAAAAAGCUGUUACAACCCAUUGCUUUACUACGGAGGCGGCUUUUCACGCGCAGGAAAGGUGCAUGUAGCAAGAUCUCGAGCAAUGGAUUUCCUUUUUUACUUGAAGUUCUUUGUCGGUACGAAUCGGAAAUGUAUUAUUUCUUUCCAUUUCUCUUCCCGAAAUCAACAAAAACCCAGCUCAGAGUUGUUUUGGGAGAACAACAGGAUCAGGAUGUCAUUUUACGGAGAAAGCAACCCCACACACCGGAUAAUAUAAUAAUAUAAUCGAACUCUUGGUCCUGUAUUUAACUGCCAACACAGAGCUCUGACUUCUGGAGGACACGACAACCGAAUCCGGCCCCUUUUGCUGCUGAGAACAAAGUUUACUUAACAGUAUCGAGUCUUUACAAAGCACUGAAAGAUAAAAAUCUUCUUUUUUUAUGAAAAUGGAGGACUUAUGCAAACUUCGAAGGCUGGCGACCACUCUCCGAAACAAUCAUGAAGAAGAACAGGUGCUACCUGCCGGAAAAAAAAAUAAUCCCUAAAUUUUGACAUUGAGGCACAUUGAACGGAGUACAAGUCAAAUCUGUUUUGAGUAGUAUCCUGAUAUAUUUUUUUCUUUUUGGGUCUUUUCGAUAAAAAAGAUGGAUUCUAGUCAUAGAGGGACCUUUUCACUCUGAGCACGUCGACUCCUGUAUAUCGAUGCACUUAUUAAUAACGGUCACCGAUUCUAAUGCUUUUUAAAUCAUGUCCUGGAAAGUUAAUUCCGCUUCGUCCUAUCUCUCUUUCUCUCUGUUUUUAUUAUUUGUGGCUGGAUAAAUAUGCUCUCAAACAGAGCAUGGGUCGUCUCUGUUUCUUCCCUUCCUUCCUUCCUUCCUUCCUUCCUUCCUUCCUUCCUUCCUUCCUUCCUUCCUUUCUUCCUUUCUUCCUUUCUUCUUUUCUUCUUUUCUUUCUUUCUUGUCAAAAUAUAUACUAAUACAUAAGACAACCAACCAGUUUCUGUAUACUAGCAAUUUUUAAAAUCGGAUCCGCAUUUGUUUGAAAGGCUCAGAUAUGGCUUUGUUUGGUUCUGGUUCUCCUCCCCUCCCCUUUUCCAUCUCGAAAUAUUAAAAAUCUUAAGUUUAA